AUGGAUUAUUCAGAUGAUGGUAUCGAAUCAGGAGAGGAGAACCUCUACAGCGAUGUUGAAGAUAAUGAAACCGAUUAUGGAUUCGCUGAGGAAGACAUCAAAGGAUCUCAGAAAGGUUACGUAGUUCUCAAGGAAGAAGACAUCCGAAAGCAUCAAAGAGACGAUAUCGAACGAGUUUCCACGGGUCUCUCUAUAAGCCAAGCCGAAGCGAUCGCUCUGCUUCUUCACUAUCAUUGGCGUGUUAGUAAAUUCGAAGAUGAAUGGUUUACGGACGAAGAGAGGAUCCGUGAAACCAUUGGUAUAUUGAAGGAGCCUGUCGUUGAUGUUAAUGGUCAAAAAGUAAUCAAGUGUGGGAUUUGCUUCGAGUCAUACACUCGAGGGGAAAUCGAAAGGGUUUCUUGUGGUCAUCCUUAUUGCAAUACUUGUUGGACUGGUUAUGUCACUUCUAAGAUAGGAGAUGGUCCGGGAUGUUUAAGGAUUAAAUGUCCUGAGCCUUCUUGUUCAGGUGCGAUUGGUCAAGAUAUGAUCGAUAAGUUUAGUAAGAAAGAAGAUAAGGAGAAGUACUAUAGAUAUUUACUCAGGUCUUAUGUGGAAGAAGACGUCGUAGAGAGGAUUAAAUGGUGUCCAUCGCCUGAAUGUGAAUGCGCGGUUGACUUUGGUGUUGGUGGGAGUGGAACUGGAAGUAGUUGUUAUGAUAUUACUUGUUUGUGUUCGCAUAGCUUUUGCUGGAAUUGCAGGGAAGAUGCUCACAGUCCUGUGGACUGUGAAACGGUUUCAAAAUGGAUAUUCAGGAUCCAGGAUGAGGCCGAGAACAAGAAUUGGAUGCUUGCGAAUUCAAAGCCUUGUCCUAAAUGCAAACGUCCAAUCGAGAAGGGUGAAGGAUGCAACCAUAUGACAUGCUCAUCUCCGUGUGGGUAUCAGUUUUGUUGGAUUUGUCUUGAAGCGUAUAGUGGUCACGUGGCUUGCAACAGGUUUGUUGAAGAGGCUGAUCAAGAUACGAGAAAAUUGCUUAAAGAUGAAAUGGCUAGGUACAUGCAUUAUUAUGAAAGAUGGGUAGGCAAUAAAUCGUCGAGGCUUAAGGCUAUAUUGGAUCAGGACAAAUGGCAAUCGGUGCAGCUUAAGCUGCUUAGUGGCAAACUGGGAAAACCAGAAACUGAGCUGGAAUUCACCGUGGAGGCAUGGCGUCAGAUCAUCGAAUGCAGGAGGGUCUUAAAAUGGACCUAUGCGUUUGGAUACUACCUACCUAAUCAUGAGAUCGGCAAGAAAAAAUUGUUCGAGUAUUUGCAAGGUUUGGAGAGGCUUCAUCAUUGUGCAGAGACGGAGUUGAAAGAUGUAGAAACCGGAUUUCCACAAUGAAUUUGUUUGUGUGGGAAAACAAAUUCAGUAAAGUAAUCUCUCUAGAAAACCGAUCUAAGCUUUGAAAUUAUAAGAAAGGGAAUUGAUCUCGAAGAAUUAGGGUUUUGAUUGCUAAGAACAAGAAGAGAACUGAAUAAUUGUAUUCAAUAAUGGAUGUUUUACAAUGGAGAAGUCUCUCCCUCUUUAUACAUAUUCGUAGAUCGCAUAAUAUAUUAACUUUCCUUA